UCAAAUAAAUAGGAAAAAAUAUCGACAAUAAAUUAUACACACACACACACACACACACAUAAUUAUUAAUAGGUAUGUAGUAUCAUUUAAAAAAAAACAAAAAAACUAUUGAAAUACUGGCUAACGUUUCUCAUGUGGUAAAAAAGCUUGCGCUUUCCCGACUGCAUCUUGUAAGUUGAAUACAGGAACAGGUGGAGGCGGGAGGGCGGUGUGAGGUUGGAGGUGGGGGGGAGAGCCCGGGAUGCGCUGCCAAUGGAAACAGCACACACGAGGAGCGUCGAGCCAGAGCACAGCUUCGCCUCCAUGUCAGGUCCACUCACCUGCAAGGUGCGCAACGAAGAUGAUGGCCAUGAACGGCAAGCAGCACUUCUCCAUGCACCCUGCGCUGCACCCGAGCUCCGAGGGCAUGCGGCGGGUGUGCCUACCUGCCCCGCAGCUCCAGGGCAAUAUAUUCAGCGGCUUUGAUGAGAGUCUGCUGGCCCGCGCUGAAGCUCUGGCGGCGGCUGACCUUGUGUCUCACGGCAAGAGUCACCCUUUCAAGACGGACGUCACCUACCAUACCAUGAGCAGCGUGCCCUGCACCUCUUCUUCGUCCACAGUGCCCAUAUCCCACCCGUCAUCCAACCUCCCCUCGCACCAUCACCACCACCUCAGCCACCAGACCCUGGAGGGGGAUCUGCUCGACCACAUUUCCUCGAGUUUAUCGGUCAGCGGCAUGGGUGCGCCGCCGGAUCCGUCGGUGAUGACCACUCAAGCCCACCAGCACCACCUGCAAAUGGGUCACUUACACCAAGCCAUGGCCAUGGGCCACCCGCACACCCUGUCGGUUCACAACGGGAUGGCGUGCGUCAACGACGUGGAGUCCGAUCCUAGAGAGCUAGAGGCGUUCGCGGAGAGGUUCAAGCAGCGGAGGAUAAAGCUCGGAGUGACCCAGGCGGAUGUGGGCUCUGCCCUCGCCAACCUGAAGAUACCGGGGGUCGGCUCGCUGAGCCAAAGCACCAUCUGCAGGUUCGAGUCCCUAACCCUUUCCCACAAUAACAUGAUCGCCCUCAAACCCGUCCUCCAAGCCUGGCUGGAGGAGGCUGAAGCGGCUUACCGGGAGAAAAACGGGAAACCAGACCUUUUUAACGGGAACGAAAGGAAACGAAAGCGAACGUCGAUCGCGGCUCCGGAGAAGCGAUCGCUCGAGGCGUAUUUCGCCAUCCAGCCGCGACCGUCCUCGGAGAAAAUCGCUGCAAUCGCGGAGAAGUUGGAUCUAAAGAAGAACGUGGUUCGGGUUUGGUUCUGCAAUCAACGGCAAAAACAGAAACGGAUGAAAUAUUCAGCAGUGCACUAGUGCUGUUAGAGCAAAGGAGACAUUUUAGGAACACCACAGGGAUCUAAAUAUCUUCUUUUAAUUAUUAUAAGCCUAUAAAGACAUUUCAUAUUGCGUCCAAUUGAUGUAACCAGUGUGCGAAUUAUUCCAGGGGGUCUGUACCCCUAAUAAAGGCUUGACUUCCUCACAAAGAAAACAAAAGAUCUCUGUGUAAAGGAUCUUAAAAGUAUGUAUUUUUACGUUUCAGUAUAACCUCAAAAGUUACAUUUAGUCGUUCAAAUCGCGUGUGCCUGAAGUAACCAUGGCAUCACUAGUUGCUCAAGCAGUUUCUGUUAAGAUCAGUAUCGGACACACAUCGACGAAUUGACAUAUAGCCUAGCUAAACUAAACAUUUCGGUUUUGUCUUUUUGAAGACUAAACGUCUUCGGUUAGCUAACUGUGGUAGUGGCGCCAAAGGGCAUUUUGGUUUGUGCGAGGUCGAGAAACCUCAACAAGAAAGUUAGUGACAGAAAUUUCUCAACCCCUAAUCAACCCAACGAAGGCCAUUAAAUAAUUCGCACACUGUGACCUACAAUUUUAAACAAACUUGAAAUUAUAUUGAUUAAUCUUUGGUCACAGUUUACAUUACAGAGUUCAUGUAACACUAAUGAAAAACAUGCAGCACUUAAUGUGUAAUUAUUUUAUGAAGCUAUUGCUAUGGUUAUGAAUUAAUUACAGCAACAUGCACUGUGUAACAUGGGCAUCGUAAUGUAAAUUAUUUAUUCUUUUAGUAAAACAAAAUACAUAUUAAUUUAGCUCUACAUUACAAAGCAAUACUGUUGAAUCCUUAAAAGCUUUAAUUUAAAAUAAUCAAACUUUGAAUACAUUUUCCAGGAGAUUAACUGAACGGCUACUAAAAAACUUUGUUUCAGUAUUAUCACACGUGAAAUUAUAUUUUGAAGUGUGUACGUGUGUUUUUGGUAUUUAAAGACUUAUUUAUAUUACUAUACAAUUUGCGCACAAGGUCUACCUUAUGUUACUACAGUAUCACAUGAAAUGUCCUUUGAAAUUUGUGUACUAGCGUUUGUAAUAUUCGCUUGAAUGUCUUGUCAGAUGUGACUGCAUACAUGGUGGAAAUCACAUGUUCUCACAAACUGUCACGAAAUAUAUUUUAUAUUUAUAUUUUUUCGAUCAUCAGUUGAAGUGAUUCUAAUAUGCAAAAACUGAUGGUGUAAAGAAUGCUGCUAUUUGAUUUAGCCACUGCAAUGACUUUCACUUUAAACUUCACUUUACAAAAUGUGUGACUUUGAAUGUUAUUUAAUAAAUUGUUGAUUUUUUUUUUCAAAAGCUCUGUGGGAGUUUUAUUUUUUUAUUAUUUUAAUUACACAGAAAAACAG